GUUGCCGUCAAAGAAAGCAAAAGCAAGAACACAAACAAGUUCCACUCUUUUCUUUUGCAGGCUGACCGCCGACCUUCCCCUGUAUUUUGUUCAAUUGUUUCGUUGAUCGAUUUGCAGCUCACGGACGAAGGAAAAAAAGAUUCAACCCAUUUUCUGUUUCAGAUUCUUUCAGUCUCCGUAGUCAAUUUUACUUGGUACCAUUGUCAAAAAAAAAAAAAAAAGGAUCAUUCUGGUGGUAAAAUCGUGAUCCACAAAUGGUGCUACCAGGGCGUGGCCAUAGGUUUUUCAAGUAUAGACUAGAACGGUAGAACCUCUGUUUCCACCUCAAUUCCCACUUGUAAUCAGCACCAUCUUUUAAAAUUCUGGAAACCCAAAUCAAGUUCCUCACAAUCAUUCCUGGGUUCAGCUCAAUCUCUCUUUCUCUGUCCGCGCCAGGCAAUUGAAUCUUCUGAACCAUCUUCCUAAAUUCUCAGCCUUUUUUCCCCCUUUCGAUAAAACCCUAUUUUCUUCUGCUGUAUAGGGGACGAAAAAAGACAGAGAAAUGGUCGCCCAGAGCUACGACGACUGUGUACGCGGGGAAGUGAGAAUGGCGUGGAUCAUGCUGAGUGUGGACUACUCCAGGCUAUUUUGGUUAUUAUUUGGCGUGUUUUCUUAUGAGAAUCAUGAAGGAAAGCCCCGGAUUAUCUUCCUCUAGUACAAGAUUCAGUUCUCCUUUCUCCUCCUCAUACUUCCAAAAUCCAACUGUUCGUUUAGGAUCCCAAACUUGUCUCUAGUAAUCAGAGUCAACUUCAAGAAGUUUUUUUUAUUUUUUAUAAAGAAACCCCUCUUCUUAGAUCCUUCCCUUCCUUCUGGGCUCCUUAAUCUCAAUUCUCAGUUUAGCAAAAUGUACAAUCCACGAUUAGCCGGAUAUGUUGAUCGGGCGACGAAGCCGCCACCGCCUGGAUACGUCGAGACCGACCCUUCUGGUCGCUAUGGCCGUUUUAAAGAGGUUCUUGGAAAAGGGGCGAUGAAGACAGUGUACAAGGCAUUCGAUGAGGUCCUUGGCAUGGAAGUAGCUUGGAAUCAAGUGAAGCUGGAUAAUGUCUUCCGCUCCCCUGAUGAGCUGCAACGGCUCUACUCUGAAGUUCAUCUUCUGAAGAACCUGAAUCAUGACUCCAUCAUCAAGUUCCAUGCUUCGUGGAUUGGCAACAACAAAAGAACGUUCAACUUCAUUACAGAGAUGUUCACCUCAGGCAGCUUAAGAGAGUAUAGGAAGAAGUACCAGCGAGUGGACAUUCGGGCAGUGAAGAACUGGGCGCGCCAAAUCCUCUGUGGCCUUGCAUAUCUACAUGGCCAUGAUCCCCCUGUGAUCCAUAGGGAUAUCAAGGGUGACAACAUCUUCAUCAAUGGCCACCUGGGGCAAGUCAAGAUUGGGACACCAGAGUUCAUGGCACCUGAACUAUAUGAAGAGGAGUACAAUGAAUUGGUGGACAUCUAUUCUUUUGGGAUGUGUGUUCUGGAGAUGCUGACUUCUGAGUACCCAUAUUGCGAGUGCUCCAAUCCUGCCCAAAUCUACAAGAAAGUUACCACAGGAAAGUUGCCAGAGGCGUUUCACAGGAUCAAGGAUGCUGAAGCCCAGAAAUUUGUUGGGAAAUGUUUAGAACCUGCUUCAAAGAGGUUAUCAGCCAAGGAGUUAUUGUUGGAUCCAUUUCUAGAGUUCGACGAACCAAAAUCGCUACUGAUAUCAAAGUUCUCAUUUCACAACUCAACUGCCAAUGGUGAUGAAACGAAAAAGGAAAUGAUGAUGUCAUUCUCGGAUGAUCCCUCCAAGACAACAGACAUGACAAUCACAGGAACACUGAAACCCGAGGAUGACACAGUUUUCCUCACCGUCCAAAUUUCAGACAACAAUGGUCACACCAGGAACAUAUACUUCCCCUUCCACGUAAAUGGCGACACUGCAAUAGAUGUCGCUAUGGAGAUGGUGAAAGAGCUGGAGAUAAGCGACUUGGAACCCACUACUAUUGCUGAGAUGAUUGAGGAGGAGAUAUCAUCUUUAAUCCCAAACUGGAAACAACCGGAAACCUUCAUCAUGUUCCACCACCAACAACAGCAUAGCUUUAGCUACGAUGAAGUAGAAGAAGAUGACAUGGGACGCAACAAUGGUGACAUGAUCCAUCACCCAUUCUACUCCAACUCCUCGAACUCUUCCUCCAGGGUUUCUGUCCUUGCCUAUCACAGCUCUUCCUCAGAGAGUCCACAUUACGAAGGCAAUGUAUCAUCGUCAACCAUAACCUUAGGGAAGCUGCUGAUGGACACUGAUGAUGACGAUGAUGAGAGUUCGGGGAGCUCUUACAACUAUUCGACAUUCAAUUACUGCUCCGGGAAUGAGGAUGCUGUGGUGGAAGAUAAGAUGGUGAGAGAGACAAAGGAGAGGGUGGAGAAGUGGAAGAGUGGCGGUGGUGGGAGAGGCUGCAGUAUUAUGGGGCAGAGGAAGGUGAGCAGGAUAAGGUCGCUGUUGGAUAAAAGGAGCCAGUUGUUGCAUCGCUCGUUGGUGCCAGAGGCCAACAACAACAGCAAGAGGCGCUUGUUCAAGACUGUGGGAGCUGUUGAGAACAUCGGGUAUCACCUCCCUUGAGAGAACCCUUCGGGCUGAUAAUCAUGAGAACUCUAGAGAGGCUUUUUCAUCGACACGUUUCUUUGAGUUCCCCAGGGUGUUGUUGCGUAAUUGGCACCAGAGGCCGUGCAACCAAAGUUUAUGGAAGAACAUUGGUGUUUCUAUUGCUAAAAGACAGCGACUCUUCGUGGGGUGUGUGCUAAAUAAAGCUUGCAGAGAACUGACAAUUAAAUUUGGUUCAUGAUGAUUUGCUGUUAUUUGAACUAUUAUAAACUCUUUUUUCGGGUGAAAUGUAAGCUCCGUUUUUUAAGUUGUUGUACAGAGUAAUGGGCUCUAAAUGAUUGAAAACAGCAUUUGUGAGGUUCACUUUUUGUUUUUUUUAGAUUAAACAUUAGUACGAGAUUACUAAUUAUUUUUUAAUAUAUAAAGCUGAAGUUU